AUGGCAUCUAGCGAGGUUGGGGCAGUGCAGCCACUGCCUUCUAGAUCACUGCUAGGACUUCCGGAUGAACUACUCACCUCCAUCCUGCUUCUCAUGGAUAUUCCUGAUCUGUUAGCCCUCUCUCGCACCUGCUGGCGCUUAAGAAAAGCGGCUCAAGAUGCGCAUUUACACCACCUUCGCAUAUGGGUCUGUCUCCCUCCGCUGCUCCGCUGCCACUUCAUUGUUCGCCCAACAGAAACCGAUCUACUUGCGCGGCACAUCCUCCUCUCACCAUUGCGUAUGGCUCAUCGCGUCCAUGUGGCGGCCUCAUCUUUGCGCAUGUCUUUGGCUCGCAACUCGCUACGUCGAAAGCUCGAACUGCGCCCGAGCUUGAAUGAACUCAUUCGGCGUGGGGUAUAUCCGGCAACUGACGCUCGCGUGUCACCAGUUCUUGCCCAACGUUGCAAAAACCUGGAAAGAGAGAAGAUCAAAAACAUGCUGGAACGGGAGCUCAAAGGUCGAGUGUGGACAAAGAUUACAACCGCUUUAAAGUCAACAAUGCGAAAGGACGACUCUCAGGAAAGUGUUCGGGUGCUAGUUGCGCGUUAUACGAAGAAGAAGCUGGAGGCGAAUGUAUCCGCGAGAAGUCUACAAUCAAACAGAUCGGGCAUAUUUAGAGAGAGAAGGGAGAUCGACGCUCCAGCAAGAGCGAAGGUGCAUCGCCUGCGUAUGUACUUUGAGCGGCUCUCAAAGAGUCAAAUGUUCAGUAUCUCAUAG